AUGGACCACAAUAAAGCAAAACUCACCAUCCCAUCUGUGACACAUCUAAAUGCAGGGCGAUAUUCCUGCUACUCUUACACCUCUGCUGGGUGGUCAGAAUCCAGUGACACCCUGGAGCUGGUGGUUACAGGAGUCUACAAAAAACCCACAAUUUCUGCCCUAAAAAGCCCUGUUGUAAACUUAGGAGUGUUUGUGAACAUCUCAUGUACCUCAAAUCAGAUAUUUAACUGGUUCAUUUUAAGAACUGAUGAUCAGAAAAUCUACAGAUCCUUUGGAUUACAAGACCCAUACUCUAUGGCGUCUCUGGCCAGGUUCCAAGUGGGUCCAAUAACUUCUGGACAACGUUGGAGAUUCAGAUGCUAUGGCUAUUGUGAAGAUAAUCCUCAGGUGUGGUCAGAAGCCAGUGACCCAUUGGAGUUCCUCGUCUCAGGGAACCUCCAGAAACCCACCUUGUGGGCUGAGCCAGGUUCUGUGAUCCAGUCAGGGAAUUCUGUGACCAUUUGGUGUGAGGGGACCAUGGAAACCAACAUAUAUUUCCUGUAUAAAGAAGGAAACCCAUCAUACUGGCUCAGACAAACUCCAAAGCAGAUUGGUAACAAGGCCAAGUUCUUCAUUGCAUCCAUGAGAAAGCAUAAUGCAGGGCAAUAUCGCUGUUACUGUUACAAUUCUGGCGGGUGGUCACAGCACAGUGACACACUGGAGCUGAUGGUGACAGAUGUACACCAUGGCAAACCUACUCUUUUAGCCUUUCCCAGUCCUGUGGUGACCUCAAAAGUUAAUGUGACCCUCCAAUGUGUCUCCUCAAAAAAAUAUGAUUGGUUCAUUGUGACUGGGAAAGAUUUGAAGUUCUCCAGGUCCCAGAAGGCACAGUUCAUACACACUGGGAAGUCCCAGGCUCUGUUCUCUGACAUCUCUGUGGAAUCUAGCAAGAAGGGGCCCUUUACAUGUUAUGGAUAUAAUGCAAGUACUCCACAUAUGUGGUCAGAGGCCAGUAACCACCUGGAGAUAUAUGUUUCAGGGUUGUCAAGGAAGCCCUCCCUGCUGAACCACCAAGGCCCUGUUCUGGCCCCUGGAGGGGACCUAACACUCCAGUGUUCCUCUGAGACCAGUUAUGACAGAUUUGCUCUAUCCAAAGAGGGUAGAAGUGACCUCACACAGCUCUCUGUCAAUCAGUUACAGACUGGACAAUAUUAUGCCAACUUCACCUUCAGUUCUGUAGAUUUCUCUACCGCUGGACAAUAUAGAUGCUACGGUGCAUCCAGAUUUUCUUCUGAGUGGUCAUCCCCUAGUGUUCCUCAAGACAUCCUGGUCACAGGACAUCCUCAUAUCACACCCAAUCUGUCAGUGCAUCCAGGCACCAUUGUGUCCUCAGGAGAGAAUGUGACCCUUCUCUGUCAAUCAUCAAUCCCAGUGGACACUUUCUUUCUGUUCAAGGAUGUUCCUUUGAUUGGGACCAUCCAGGCAGAUAUAGAUGGGUACAAUGGAGAUGAUGUGCAUGAAGAGAUCAUAACCAGAUUUGGCUGUAGUGUCAGCACAGACACAGCUGAGGGAAUAGAAUGA